UUCCGAGGAAAAACCGGGAAAUUCCAACCUCCAGUGGGGUGCCACGAGUGCCAACCCCCAUCCUGCACCCCAAACCCCUCCCUAGAGCUGGCACAAACCCCGGGAGCGGCUGGAAAGGUAAUUCCUAAUUAAUUUCAUUUGUCCUGCCAAGAAAACUGAUGGUUUCCUGCUGGAGAAAUUGUGGCUUUUCCCGGCAGAGCCGUUCCCUGUUUUCCGCCGGGUGCCAGGGUGAGGAGGGCAGGGCGGCUCUGGGGCACCUCUUAUCUCCUGCCCGCACUCCUCAGCUCAUUUUUGGGGGAGCUGAGGCGGGGAGAGAGGAGAAAAGUCACCCCUGAGCACCUCCUGACCCUGAGUGGCCACUGAAUUAUUUAGUGGCCACCCCAAAGACCCCCCAAAAUCGGAGGAGCCUGGUGAGGAAUUCAGCAUGGGCAACUGUAUCCCCGUGACCCCCGGCAUCCUGGAGACCCCGGGCACGCUGGACCUGGAGGAAAUCAUGGGCGACAUCUCCUCCUACAACGACACUUACAUCAACGCCACCUUCUUGGACUACGAUGCCACCCCGUGCCACAACCACUUCUGUCCCCUCUUCCAGCGCGUAGCUCCCCCUUUCCUGGCCACCACCACCGCCACGGCCACUCUGACCAUUGUCACCUUGCUGGUGGCUCUGUCCAAGCGUCCCCACGCGUGGCAGUGGCCGCGGAGCCGCGCUUUGGUGGCACAGCUGGCACUGGGCACUGCGCUGUUCGCUGCUCCUCUACCAGCGCUGGCCGCGGGCGUGGCGUGGGGUUGGCACCUUGGCACGGCGUUUUGUCGCCUCUGUCACCUCCUGUGGCACUGGAGCGUGUUCUCCCAAGCUCUGCUGGUGGCCAGCGGUUCCCGUGGCACAGUUUGGGCUCGGUGGGACCCCCGGAGCCGCCGUUUGGCCGUGAUGCUGUGGGUGGCAGCGCUGGUUUUGGCCACCCCAUCCGCGCUGGUCAGCGGGGUGGCAGCGGGCACAGCGUGCAUCCAGCGCAGUGUGGGCAUCCUGGCACCGGUUUAUCUGCUGCACCUCUCCCUGUGCCUCUGCCUGCUGCUGCUGAUGCCCACGGGGGUGCUGCUGGCCGCGGUGGUCGUGCCCGGUUCCAGGGCGAGCUGGGUGGGUGGAGCCGGGCUGGUGUGGCUCUUCUCGGGGCUCUGGGUGCCCUACGGAGCGGGGCUGGCGGGGCAGUUCCUGCUCCAGGCCGGGCUGCUGGAGCCAACCUGCGGCUCCUUCCAGCAUUUUGACCUGGCCCUGGGGCUGAGUGAGGCGCUGGGGGUGCUGCACUGCGGGAUCGGGCCGCUGCUGGUGCUGCUCGGCCGGGGAUGCCGCCGCGGGGAUGGGGGUGGCGGGGGAUGCUGAGAUCCGGGAG